AUGGAAUUCACGAUCGACCACUUCAUUCGUGUGUUGACUGGGGCCGGAAAGCCAGUGGGUCCACUUCCUCAAUCCUUAAUCUGCUCGAACGAGCAUAGCGACUUCCUACUUGGCAAAGAAAUCCUCGAGAAACCGCGUGACAUCACUCUAUCGCCUCCAUGGAGAUGGCUCCGCGGAGGUCAAGCUACUGGACAUCUAUUUGGGGGCACUGUACCUUGUGUCGUGCGUCUUCAGGGGACCCAGUACGCCCCCUCCUCAUGGAAAGACAAGAUUCUCUUUCUUGAGUCUGCGAUGGGCGACAACUUGCAACUGCCGUACUCUGUAUCCCAGUUCCGGAACAAUCUUGUCGAUCUUGCUCUGUCUGGCAUAUUGCAUGAAAUUCGCGGACUGGUUGUUGGACGAGGAUAUAAAUACAAUACUGAUAUGCAGGAAGAACUUGCAAGUGUGAUACUGGAAGUCUUUGAAGUGAUUGUUGGUCGAAGUCGUGAGGAGGAGCUUCCGAUUUUAAUGAACGUCGACUUUGGCCACACGAGUCCGUUCUUGACUUUGCCUAUCAACGCAUUAGUCGAAUUAAAUAGCGAUCUCGAUGAGUUUAGCGUUCUGGAGCCUGGGGUGCAGGCUUGA